AUGGCCGGCACACCACCCGUGGGGAUCUCCAAGGAUGGCUCCUUAGAUAGCGACUCUAGCGUGGUCUUCAACGAUGUCAAGGCAUCGCCGUACUCCGGCGCGGUGUUCGAGCAGCCCACCUUCGUUGGCUUCGGUGCACCAUUCUUGGACACAUCGAUGGCACCGACAGGCUGCUCGUUUCCCCCUGUGUUCGAGACCAAGUGGUAG